AGACUGCAUGUCUCCGUUUCUGAUCUACUCUAGUAGGCAUCGACAUUGUCGUUACCCUCAUCUGUCACCGUAGUGUUUUACCAACGAAAAUGUUUGCACCUUUUCUGAGGUCAUGAUCGCCGGCCAUCGUUGUACCCUCAGGCACCAAUCAAUUACCCAUUUGGCCCCAAUUUUACCGGGAACAUCGAGAUGGAUCAAGCUCCGACGGUUCAUCCGUACCCUAAUGUUGGCCUCGCCGGAUCAUCCCGAGACGAAAAACUAUCUGAAGAGCCACACCCAGAUUUCGAACGAGAACAAACGACAAGUUGGUAGCCAUCCCUCGUACGUGAUCCAUCCUUUCAGCGUCUUUCGCCAGUACUGGGACAUGGUGGUGUUCGUUGCGUUGACGUUGCAUCUGCUGAUGUUGGCGUUUGAUUUCACCUUCCUGAUCUUCCAAGACGAGCACGAGUACAUGGGUGCCAUACGGUUCGAUUUAUUCCUGUGUGGUGUCCUGUUGGCGGAGGUAAUGCUGAAGUUUAUCACGGGGUUCGUUGUGAAGGAAACCAACGAAAUCGUCCUGGAACCGAAGCGCAUUGCCUUGAACUAUCUGAAGUAUGGUCGACUGGUUUACGAUUUACUGCGGGUGAUGCCGUACAUUUUGCUCUUGGACACUUUUAACCGAGCGUACUAUCGUUACUCGGUUGACAUUUAUUUGGCUUUCAUCAUCUAUUUGUAUACGAUCAACAUCUUUCGGUACAAGGAAAUAUUCAAAUACUUCAAGAUUAUCCCAACAAUCCUCAGAGUUGGCGAGAAGAAGAUUCUUCUAAUGAAACUUGUGAUGAACACCAUCUACGUUCUGCAUUGGAGUGCCUGCUUGCGAUACAUUCUGCCAGAGCUCACCAUCGUGAUGGAACCGAAAAGCAGCGAGAGCGACGUGUUGGGCUUGACUAGGAAAGGUAUUCAGGACGAACGGUUCAGCGUAGGUCAUUUUCUGGUUGAUGUUUAUUGGCGGCACUAUCGACAUGAGGACACAGUUCACUAUCCGGUGUCGCAAGGACGCGUGAUCAUUGAGCCACCCAGCUUUGAAAUGUACAUGCGCUAUUAUUUCAAAAACCGCCCGGUGGAUAAGCGGAUGGUCGAUCGGAACUUCAUUUUGAUGAAGCUGGACGAUAUUCGAAGAAACGCCACCAUUUUUGAGCGGUACUUGGGAAGCAUGAAAUCAACUGCGAAGAUUUGUCUACAAGCCGGGAGAGAUGAAGAUGCCGGACUACAUUUCAUCAACAACAUUUUGACUUCAUUUCUUUUGCUUGGUGGUUGGAUUUGGUUCACAUACAUCUUGCUGAGCAUGGUUCGCCUGAUCGUGUCCUCCGAGAUGAGUCAGACAAAGUACGAGGAGUUUGUGAACGAAAUAAGAGCAUAUGCAUUCAACAAACGCCUCAGUGACAGCUUCAAAGACAAAAUGCUGCGUCAUUUAGCCUGCCGAUACAGAAGACACUAUUUCAACUCGUCCGCUAUUUUGAAAACCAUGUCUGACAAUUUGAGAAGAAGCGUGCAAAUGGAAAUUUGCUACCAUUUGCUCAGAUAUGUGGAGAUGUUUCGAGGGUUACCGAGAGCCGUCAUCGAAGACAUCGUGGACAACCUCAAGUAUGAAAUCUACCUGGAAGGAGACAAACUCAUUGAAGCCGGCACUCAAGGAGAUGCGAUGUUUUUCAUCAGGUACGGAACAGCUGCCGUUUAUUCAGCAGGGGGCGUUGAACUGGGUCAUCUGAUCGAUGGUGCUCAUUUUGGAGAAAUGUCAGUGCUGAACAAGGGCAACCAGCGAACGGCAACCAUUGUGGCUCUGGAAAACUGCGAAAUCUACCGAUUGACGUACGAAUGCUUCCAAAAACUGAUUGAACCGCAUCCGCACCUGCUGCUUGGGAUGCACAAACUGGCUGAAGAAAGAGUGGCUAAAGCGGAAAGGGACAGGCUAAGCCUACCGGAGUCUGAAGUGUACGACAAUUUUCUCCAAUAAAUUUAGAAUACAAUCGAAUGUGUAGUGUAUCUUUAAUCCUCCAGGACGCGCGCCGUUGUAAAAAGUACAAAACUACCAAAAAACCUUGA